GGCCUACACCCCUUACCUACUGUUACUAAGUGUGGUGCACGCCACUAAACUAGUAUAUAGAAGGCCGAUGUUACAUGUAUGGCGCUAUAUAUCCCAUAGAGUUGGUGGGGCCUCAUGCAUACUGUAGGGGCUACUCGGACAUACGCACACUAACAACUGCGCGUAAUAUGACUUGCAAAUUGCCGAAGUAAGAGGCCUCUGGUGUUAGUGUCGCAAUACUGGCUGUUACGAAGAAUGGGUUGCGGAGCAUCAACAUCUUCACAAGCACCUAUGCAGCCGAGGGACACCGCAACAAGUUGGGAGCUUGUACGGUGUUCGCCUUCAGGGCAUGAACUGUUUAAAAAGCACGGCAUACCACCGGAAAUCGCCAAGCUUUUCGUGGAUGAGCUUGGUUUUCACACAACCCAACACCUGUGCCACGUUACCGAGGAGGAUAUAAAAAAGCUCAAACUGAAGCCACUCAUUGAAAGAGAGUUCUUGCGAAUUGUUAGCGAUUCCAACAGCAGACCUGCUCAACCAGCGUUGAGUGCAUCUCAAGCUCCAACUACAUCACCUGUGGCCAUUGCUGCGGCGGCCAAUGCCACGCCUGCUGUACCUUCACCUGCUGCACCUCAGGGGCAUUCUACCGGCUCCACAAAACUCAAGGAGCGGGUCCAGAAGGGACUCGAGGUGGGCUGCACCUUUCUGACCAAAGUCAAACCUAUGUUGCCAUUCCCUGGUGACAUGGUCGCUGGCGCGCUGGCCGUCUUCAUGGGCCUCGUGUCCCAGGCUAUGGCCAACAAGGAUAACCUGACCAAGCUGCAGGAGCGGGCAGUAGACCUGUUUGACCUCGUCGUCGACAGGCACGUCCCACACGCAGCACUGAUGGUGGCUGGCACUGCAGCGACACAGCCACCGCAGCAACACCAGCAGAAGACGUCGGCCGCGUACAUGAAGCUGAUGGUUCGGUUCCGCGACCUGCUCACGGAGCUCAUCGAGUACGUCCGCGUGUUCUCCUCCCAUAGCUGGCUUGUCCGCAUCAUCACCAGCGGCGGUGACCAGCAGCGGUAUGAGGACUACGCACAGCAGCUGCGCGACCUGACACUCGAGGCGCAGUUUGCUGUGGUGGUGGACGUGGCCGGCAUGACGGAGGAGAUGCGGGCAGCCAUGGAGGAGAUGACGCAACAGAUGGUGUACGUGGACCACAGCGCUGAGGUGCGUGCUGUCGUGGAGGAGCUGGGCGGCCUGGAUUCCGUGAUGGCUGAUGAAGAUAAGAUCAAGGCGGUGGCGGAGAAGCUGGACAUGGGGCAGAGGCUGACCAUCAGGAUUAUGAAGCAAGGGCUUGCAGCUGUGAAAGCAAGUGUGGUGAAGGAAGGCGACAAGGGCUUUCACCGCCUGAUCUGUCACAUGGACCUGCGCGUUUUCUGGCGCACCUUCUUCACUGGGAAGUGGAAAGUCCCCUGGCGCCUGUGGUGGUUGGGGUUUCCGAGUCGCCUGGAGGAGAUGCACCUGGAGCCAAGCUACGUCUCAGCGUUGUGCGACGUGUUGGGGAGCGAUCAGGCAAAGCAAGCGUUCCAGCAACGUGUGGAUCAGUGGGACCCGGACAACGUCAGCGUGGACGAGAUCCAGUUGGCCUUCCCACAACCGGACGCUGACCUGCUGCAGCUCGUGCGCCAGCUCACAACCGGCAGCAGUGGCGGCAAAACCAUGGCUGCACCUGGCAGCAGCAGCACACCUGGGCAUACCACCACUGGAGUGCUGCAACUUACAGCAGCCAGCAGCAGCGAGGCGGCCCCAAGCCACACCCAACAUGAGGCUAUGGCGAAAUGCCGCCUGCCACCACUUGAUUCGUUGUACACGGGCCGUGAUGCUGAUGCAGAGCUGGUGGUGCGGCUGGUGAAGGAACAGGCUGCAGCCCAACGCGGCGUGUGCCUACUGGGCGGUGCUGGCCUGGGCAAGUCCAGCCUGGCGGUGGAUGUGGGGUGGAGGUUGGCCAGGGAAGGAGCGUGCCCAGGGGGCGCAUACUUUUGUGACCUGCGUGAGGCGCGGUCCAUGGACGAUGUGUUGAUGCGCAUUGCGCUGGCGGUGGGAAGUGCCAUCACGGGUGACGACACCCUUCUCAAGUUGCUUGCAUGGUUACGCGCCACCUCGGCUAGCUGUGGUGGUGGCGUGUUGCUGGUGGUGGACAACGCCGAGGACGUGCUGCAGGCAGAUGGAGGAGGCGGUGAGGGUUUCAGAGACGCCAUGGCUCAGGUGUCCACGGCUGCAAUGGUGUUGGUCACAUCACGGGCACCCAUGUCCACAUCGUCAUCUAGCAGUAGCAGUGGCAACACGUUUGUUGACCACCCGCUAUGUGGUGUUGAUGAUGGCUCCAGCCGCCAGCUAGUCGCCUCACUGUGGGGUGAUGCCUCCCCUCUGGCAGCGGCUGAUGUGGACGCCCUGCUGGAUAUGUGCCAGGGUGUGCCGCUGCUGCUGCGCACAUGUGCUGAUGCGUUGGCACAUGGCAGGGUCACAGUGGCGGUGUUAAAGGCUGCGCUCACCAACACAAACAAUGAUAGCACCACCGCCCUGCACCUCGCCUUGGCAUCUCUGCCGCUAUCCCAACAACUGCUCCUAGCCCAGCUCUCCAUCUUCCCAUCCCAAUUUGAUGAGACAUCUGCCGCAAUGGUGGUGUAUGGUGACAGCAGCGACGUGUCACGUGUUCGUGCCCAGCUUGUGGUGUUGUACAGCCAUGGCUUGGUGUUGCACAAUGUGGCCCUCAGCACAUACAGCCUGCACAUGGCUGUGCGCACCACUGCUGCAAGGUUGGGCGGUGGGUUGACCUCUGCAGCAACAGCAUCAGAACCAGCUGCGGCCAAUAAAAGCGCUGCCAGCAGCAGUCAGCAGAAACAGCAGCAGCAGUUCUCCAGGGCAUUGUCCUGUGCCCGUGAACGGUUUGUGGGACAAAUCAUGGCUGCCUUCACAGAAUGGGGGCAAUUGUACAUGACACCUGAUGCUCUGUUGGCACUGCGCUUAGCACGGCAGCAUGCACCCGACUUCUUGGCAGUGAUACAGAUAGCAGCAGCAGAGGCAACUACAGCACCCAAGAUGUUGGAACUGGUGCUGAGGUCUACAACUUGGCACUACUUGGAGUCAUUGCUGUUUGAUGUGGGUGGUGUCCUGACACCUGCUUUCUAUGAAACCUGGAGCAGUAUGGAGACUGCAGCCAAUAAUCUUCAAGCACCUUGCCUUGCCAAUUUUUACUCAAUGUUGGCUGGAGAGGCAGCACACCAGCAGGCUUUGGAGCUGCGCACCAAGGUGCUGGGCGCAGAGCACCCUGACACCAUCAGCUCCAUCAAUAACCUGGCCAGGUGCAUCAAUGCCCAAGGCAAGUACAGCGAGGCAGAGCCCAUGUUCAGGCGGGCGCUGGAGCUGCACACCAAGGUGCUGGGCGAGGAGCACCCUGACACCAUCAGCUCCAUCAGUAACCUGGCCAGCUGCAUCAAUGCCCAAGGCAAUUACAGCGAGGCAGAGCCCAUGUACAGGCAGGCUUUGGAGCUGCACACCAAGGUGCUGGGCGCAGAGCACCCUGACACCAUCAGCUCCAUCAAUAACCUGGCCAGGUGCAUCAAUGCCCAAGGCAAGUACAGCGAGGCAGAGCCCAUGUUCAGGCGGGCGCUGGAGCUGCGCACCAAGGUGCUGGGCGAGGAGCACCCUGACACCAUCAGCUCCAUCAGUAACCUGGCCAGCUGCAUCAAUGCCCAAGGCAAGUACAGCGAGGCAGAGCCCAUGUACAGGCGGGCGCUGGAGCUGCACACCAAGGUGCUGGGUGAGGAGCACCCUGACACCAUCAGCUCCAUCAAUAACCUGGCCAGCUGCAUCGAUGACCAAGGCAAGUACAGCGAGGCAGAGCCCAUGUACAGGCGGGCGCUGGAGCUGCGCACCAAGGUGCUGGGCGCAGAGCACCCUGACACCAUCAGCUCCAUCAAUAACCUGGCCAGCUGCAUCAAUGCCCAAGGCAAGUACAGCGAGGCAGAGCCCAUGUUCAGGCGGGCGCUGGAGCUGCACACCAAGGUGCUGGGCGAGGAGCACCCUGACACCAUCAGCUUCAUCAAUAACCUGGCCAGCUGCAUCAAUGCCCAAGGCAAGUACAGCGAGGCAGAGCCCAUGUUCAGGCGGGCGCUGGAGCUGCACACCAAGGUGCUGGGCGAGGAGCACCCUGACACCAUCAGCUUCAUCAGUAACCUGGCCAGCUGCAUCAAUGACCAAGGCAAUUACAGCGAGGCAGAGCCCAUGUACAGGCAGGCGCUGGAGCUGCGCACCAAGGUGCUGGGCGCAGAGCACCCUGGCACCAUCAGCUCCAUCAAUAACCUGGCCAGGUGCAUCAAUGCCCAAGGCAAGUACAGCGAGGCAGAGCCCAUGUUCAGGCGGGCGCUGGAGCUGCACACCAAGGUGCUGGGCGAGGAGCACCCUGACACCAUCAGCUCCAUCAGUAACCUGGCCAGCUGCAUCAAUGCCCAAGGCUAUUACAGCGAGGCAGAGCCCAUGUACAGGCAGGCACUGGAGCUGCGCACCAAGGUGCUGGGCGAGGAGCACCCUAACACCAUCAGCUCCAUCAAUAACCUGGCCAGCUGCAUCAAUGCCCAAGGCAAUUACAGCGAGGCAGAGCCCAUGUACAGGCAGGCGCUGGAGCUGCGCACCAAGGUGCUGGGCGCAGAGCACCCUGGCACCAUCAGCUCCAUCAGUAACCUGGCCAGCUGCAUCAAUGCCCAAGGCAAUUACAGCGAGGCAGAGCCCAUGUACAGGCAGGUGCUGGAGCUGCGCACCAAGGUGCUGGGCGCAGAGCACCCUGGCACCAUCAGCUCCAUCAAUAACCUGGCCAGCUGCAUUGAUGACCAAGGCAAGUACAGUGAGGCAGAGCCCAUGUACAGACAGGCGCUGGAGCUGCAGCUCACCAAGGUGCUGGGCGAGGAGCACCCUGACACAAAAGUGCCUGGAUGCUACUAAGAAGUGAGUGUGAUAGAUAGCAGUUGGGCUUCGGUCUAAGUAAUGGUUUGUAAGAGAUUGGGCUUGAGGUGCACAAAGGCCCUUCUGCAUAUGUCCUUCUGCUGCAUUUGCUGUUCUAGCUGGUGACUGACCUUACGGGUUACAAUCUGUUGCAUCCCUAUGAUAAAGUCAGAAAAGAUGCUGGCCUAGUUGAUCUCUGGGCCGAGAGGACAAGGACGUUUGGCUACAGGCAGUGACUUAGUGGCUUUGCCAUGGCUAAAGGCUGACACUGGGGGAUGAUGGUAUGAUGUACCUAAUAUAUAAGGUUGUGUGUACAGAUGACGCCUUCUUGCUAGGGUCCUUGCAGCGCGCCUUGGGCCGAACCUAGCCGACGUGAUAACUUGUAGCAGUUAGUGUUCUUUUGGGAGGUUAACUGGUUCAGUUCCCCGAUGAUACUGAAGGGUGUUAAGUUGGCAUGGCGCGGUAGGGGCUUUCCUACAGCACACGGAGAUGUUUGCCAGGGUGUUGGGUCGCCACUUGAAUUUGGACAAUGCAGAGCUUUUGCCCAUUGGGGUUCCGUCAGGUACUGAGGGGCAGCAGGUUGUUCAGGGUGUGUCAGUGGUUUGUACGGCAGUGACUCUUAAUGUGCCUUUUAUUAACGUGGAUACGGCUCCAUGCCUUGACUGGAGCAAAAGGUUCCUAGCUGUGGAGAGCCGCUUACAGAAGUUGGCUGGUCUUCACCCAUUCCAUUUCUGUUAAGGCUAGCUACCAGCGCAGCUGCAUAUGCUCUGCAAACAGCCACUUGGCACAUGGAGCAUUCAGGCCUGCCGCCAGGUGCUCAAUUGGAUAGUUUAGGGAAGCAGACUGUUAAGUUUAAAAUUAGGCACCAGGAUCCGCAGGAUAGGCAUGCUAUGGGAUAGGCUGUUAGCUGGGCACCCCAGGGCAAGUGGUUUUGGUGCCUUGCGCUUAAUUGAGCAUUCCAGGGCUCGCUUUGCUGGUUGGGGGGGGCCUGUUUUGUUCGUUGAGCUGCGCUGCCAAGGGGCUCUUUGCAUCCCUGGCAGCGUGCUUUGAGUUGUUGUUCCUUCAGUGUUUGCAUCCGGAUUUCGGUCCCCUAGCACUUUUGACAGUGACCUGGGUGGGGCCUUGAAUGGGGGCUUACUUGCCAGGGGAUACUCAUCGUGUAGUGACUUCUAUAGCAGUUCUACCACCGUUGCUGACAUAGGGUCGCAUCCUUUGGUACUGGGGAGCUGGUAUUGGGGUGUUCCUUUGUGUGUCGGGUUGACAGGUCAGUCAGGUGUAUUAAGUUUGGAACACCACUACCCAGUCCUAAUUCAUAGCCAUGCACUUUGUUUCUUGGUAAUGGGUGUGGCUGCUUUGGCUCAACAGGUUUGAGGACAGCUUUGCUUGAGGACAUGUGGAUUCCAGUGUUGUUGCAUGGUGUGUCAAGGGAUACUGAGGACAGGGCUAUGAUGUGAUGCUGGUCUGUACUAGUACAUCGGUGUUUUGACCCAGCUUCUUCUGCUCCCUGUGUUCUUUGUUACCUGCCUAGGUGUUGUAAUCUCCUGCUGUUGCUUGAAACCUUGUUGACUGAAGCGCCUGUGGCUUGGGUGGUGGCUGCGGAGGUGUUUCUUGCUUGUUGACAGUUUGCCACCCAUCCUCCAUCGGCUAUUGUGGAUGCUUGGCAGGUUUUGGUUCCCCACUUGGGGUGACAGUUAACUCACGGAGUUGUUCCUUUGGGGACUCUGUCUGUUCAGAUGUCCACAGUAAUAGAUUGGGUGUGUGUUUUGAGGACCGUGCUGUGUUGCAUGUGGCCCUUAUUUAGUAAGCUAUGGAGUUACCUGCUACCCCAGAGGCGUUCUGGAUGGCCUUCAGGAUUCUCUCCAGCGCCUCUGAAGACAUUAAGGAGACGCCCCACCUUAAGGAGACGUUUUGGUGUUUGUCCAUCAAUGAAAUUCCCUUGCUUGGGAAUUCUCAUAUGUACGGCUUCUCCUGUGUGUUGUGGCUGUAGGGCUGUUGUUUUGGGGAUGUCUCCAUGGUUGCAUUGUUUCUGGGCCUCUCCCAUUGCUUGUGCUGUGGUUGAGCAGCUUGAGGUUAAGUGCUGUGGUUCCUAGUGUUGCCAUUGUGGUUGGCGUUGCCUCUCUCAAGCGUGCAGCAGUGUUUGUGGGAUCUUGUUAUCCUGGGUGCUUUGUCUGCUAUGGGAGAGGGUCGGCGGGCUCGUGUGUGUGAGUCUGGUUCUGCAGGUUUUGUGCCUAGGCUCGCUGAUCAGGCUGCCCUGUCUGUUGUUUCCUGGUUUGGGGGUCAGCUUCGGGAUUUUAUUUGCCAGUGUCUUGCUGGCCCGGUGUGUUAUUGCCUAUAUGGCAUGUUUUGUUUACCUUGCAGUGUAGGGUGUUCCCUUUUGGGGAGCCGUUGUAACGGUCAUUCAUUCA